GUAAAAAAGCUACAAAUGUAAACAAAAACCUUCUGAUCUAAGAUUUUGUGACCGGGUCAUUUUGAUAACGAAAAAAAAUGUCAGUUGCAGCUAUUAACAGAUUAUUGCUAUCAGGGCAGUAUGCUACUGUACUGUCGGUAGUUAAAGGUUUCAGAAAUGGGGCGGUCUAUGGGGCUAAAGUUCGGUUUCCACAUUCACUGGUAAUGGCAUUCUUGUUUAAAAGAGAAAGUCCAAAAGAUAUGGCAAGAGGAAUUUUAGAAGCAACAUUUACACAUUCUAAGAACUUGGCCAUGUUUGUGUUCCUGUAUAAAUCAUUGACUAGUCUGAUGUCCUGGUUACAGUCAGAAAAGGUUGAGUUUCACUCCUUUAUGGCGGCAUUUGUUGGAGGAUAUUUGGUGUUUGGUAGAUACAACAAAGUUAAUGAACAAAUUAAUUUGUACCUACUAUCAAGAAUUCUAUAUGGAUUAGCCAAGUUAGGAGUUCAAAAAGGAUAUAUUCCGAAACCCAAGCAUGACACUUUUCCAUUUUUUGCUGCAUUAGUUUGGGGAGUAGUUCUGUGGAUGUUUGAGUAUCACAAGGACACAUUACAGCCAUCACUGAAAUCAUCCAUGACAUAUUUAUACCAUGACAGUAACCAAUGGAAUAGCUUCAAAAAUUUCCUUAUAUACAACAAAUGAAUAGAUAAUUUGUAAUUCGUUUUUACUGUAAUUUGAACAAUCAAUUCAAGUCUUUCAUCAUGUAUAGAUCCUUUCAAUUUUUUCAUCAUUUUUGUAGAAAACAUUGAAACAUAUUAGCUGUGUCAGAUAGAAAUUAACCUUAUGCAAAUAAAUACCAAUACAUCUUUUAACCCUCCUGGGAUGAAAAUAUAAAAUAGACAUAACCUCAAUCUGUUACUUCCUAUUUGAUUGAAUGUUUAAAAAUCAAUCACAGCCAUAUACUUGUACAUGUAUAUGUGCAUUUGCACAGCUCAUUUAUAAACAUGUACAUGUAUAUGUGCAUUUGCACAGCUCAUUUAUAAACAUGUACAUGUAUAUGUACAUUUGCACAGCUCAUUUAUAAACAUGUACAUGUUUAUGUGCACUUGCACAGCUCAUAUAUAAACCUCCUACUAGUACUGUAGACAUGGUAGAGACAUAACAUUUGCAACUUUUAAAGUUUGUGAUUAUUUUCUUAAAUAAUUUUGAGUGGAUAAAAUGGAUAAGAUGACUUUCUUUUAAUCUGCCAUUCCAUUUUGUUCAAGAACAACAAAAAACUGAAAUAUUAUGCAGUUGAUUACUGCCUAAUUUCCUAAUAUGUUAAUUAAUCAAUAAUGGCAUUUUUUGAAAUCUGUCACAUAUUAAAUUUAUAAACCAACAAUUAAAAAUAAAAUCUGGUCUAUAUUUCUAAGAUUUUUAGGUUCAUCAAAGGUGUUUUUUUGUAACUCUGAAGGCUGCAUUACUGAUUGUUUACUGUGUACAGUGAAAAUGUUGUGUAAACGAAUUAUUUAGAGAUUGUUGAUAGUGGAAAUGUAUUUGUGAUAAACCUGCUUGAUGUAGUCUACAGUGUCAAACCUAAGAUUAAAACUUUAUGUUUCUCUGUGUAUGGAGCAAGGGUCAAGACUGGUUAUCUCAUAGGUUGAAUAGUGAACCCAGGUAUGAUAACAAUAACAAUAAGACCAAGAGUGUUGGUCUUAUACAACGCAAAGUUUAUAUUCAUGUUCCAUUAAUGUAUUUUCAUCCUCUUGUUCAUAUAUUACUUCCCGUCUGGGGUCCUUAUCUUUGAACGAUCACUGAGUUCAUCAUAAUUUAGUAAGGUCUAUGUGAUUUUAUAUUUGUCCAAAUGAAAACUUGCCCAUUAAUUUAUUUUUGAAAUACAGAAGACAUAUUUAUGUACUGAAACAAUUUUGAAUUUUUUGAAUUAAAAAGAAAUAUGAUGUUGCAACUUGUAUCCUUCUUUUAUUUAUAGAUAUAUAAAUUGAGAAAUGUUUCAAACAAACUCUUGCAGAAGUGCAUAUAAAAAAUUUGUCAUUAUUACGAUUUUUAUUUGACCGCAAAAAUUGAAAAUUUUUUGGUCGUAUAUUGGUAUCAGGUUGGCGGUGUCGUCGUCAUCGUCGUCCGAAGACAUUUGUUUUUUUGCACUUUCACUUUAGUAUAAGUAAAUAGAAAUCUAUGAAAGUUUUAUGACCAUUAAAGGAAGGUUGGGAUUGAUUUUGGGAGUUUUGGUCCCAACAGUUUAGAAAUAAGGGGGCAAAAAGGGGCCCAAAUAAGCAUUUUUCUUGGUUUUGGCACCAUAACUUAAGUAUAAGUAAAUAGAAAUCUAUGAAAUUUAAACACAAGGUUUAUGACCAUAAAAGGAAGGUUGGGAUUGAUUUUGGGAGUUUUAGUAUUAACAACUUAGGAAUUAGGAGCCAAAAAAGGGCCAAAAUAAGCAUUUUUCUUGGUUUUCGCACAAUAACUUUAGUAUAAGUAAAUAGAAAUCUAUAAAAUUUAAACACAAGGUUUAUGACCAUAAAAGGAAGGUUGGGAUUGAUUUUGGGAGUUUUGGUAUUAACAACUUAGGAAUUAGCGGCCAAAAUAAGCAUUAUUCUUGGUUUUCGCACAAUAACUUUAGUAUAAGUAAAAAGAAAUCAAUGAAAUUUAAACACAAGGUUAAUGAACACAAAAGAAAGGUUGGGAUUGAUUUUGGGAGUUGAGGUCCCAACAAAUUAGAAAUAAGGGGCCAAAAAGGUUUAUGACCAUAAAGGAAGGUUGGGAUUGAUUUUGGGAGUUUUGGUAUUAACAGUUUAGGAAUAAGGGGCCCAAAGGGUCCAAAAUAAAACUUUGUUUGAUUUCAUCAAAAAUUGAAUAAUUGGGGUUCUUUGAUAUGCCGAUUCUAACUGUGUAUGUAGAUUCUUAAUUUUUGGUCCGGUUUUCAAAAUUGGUCUACAUUAACGUCCAAAGGGUCCAAAAUUAAAUUUAGUUUGAUUUUAACAAAAAUUGAAUCCUUGGGGUUCUUUGAUAUAUGCUUAAUCUAACCAUGUAUUUAGAUUUUUGAUGUUUGGGCCCGAUUAUCAAAUUGGUCCACAGUGAGGUCUAAAGGGUCCAAAAUUGAACUUUAUUUGAUUCUUCAAAAAUUGAAUUCUUGGGGUUCUUUGAUAUGCUGAAACUAA